UUAACAUAUUUUAGUUAUUUUAGAAGGUGCGUAAAAAACUUACGCUUUUAUGCUUAGAUUCUACGUUUUACAAUUUUUCUCAUUUCAUACUUCUAGGUAGAAUCGCGCUUUUAACUACCGGUAAUUAUCUUGAAAGAUCCUAACAUUUUGCUACAAUCAAAGAUUCCACCAUACUGCAAAAGGAAGACACCUAAGCAUCCAUUUAAUUGGUCUUUGCACCACCCACACUUCCGGCCCAAGCAUACAAAAAUACACAGCGGAGCUAGGAAAAGGACGAUAGAAAUGCAAAUGAGACUGAAAGAAAUCCGACAAUUCUUUGCAUAGGGAUAACCGAAUAGCAAAUGAUCCUAAUGCACCAAUUAGUAAGGGUAAUUGGGUCAUUUUUCAAGGUCAGUUAACGACCAUUUCACAAAAUUUUCAAAAAAAAUGAUAUUUUCACUACUUUAUUAUAAUAUUAAAAUGGUACGUUUGUGAAAAAAAUAUAAUAUAAGAAUACGUUUGUUAAUUUCUAAUAAUUGAGGUCUAUUAAUCAAAAAUGGUCGUAAAGGGGAAAUGCGCUUUAGAGGCGCUCCUAGGGCAACUUAAACCGAAGCCCUACCGGUUACCCAUGUACACGGGAGGGAAAAGUUGAAAAGAGAAGGAGAACAAGCCUGAAGGCGCCGCCGGGCAGCGCCGAAGAUUCGACGGCAACUCCGCCACCGGUAAUUAGGGCUUCUUCAAUUCCCCCUAUCAUCCCCUUCUAAUCUGUACUGGAACCCCCGAGCAAGAGAGAAAUGGAGAUGAGAUCAAAGGACUACGUCCAGAACUUGAAGAAGCGCGAUGCGCUGCUGCUGGAGAUGGAAGAGGAAAAUCGCGCCUUCGGCAAAACCGUUCCAGCUGAUUUUGAUGCUGUAUUCCGGAUGAAGAGGUUCAUCUAUUGGAGCGAUAGAACGACUGCCAUCGAAACUGAAAUUGAGAUCGUUGACUCCUGCCUGACCAUUCUGAAGAGAAAGAUUCGCCAGGCAGCCAUGGAUCUCCUCCGAAGCGACGACCCUGCGCUUUCGAACUACCGAGCCGCCCACAGAGUAAAGGAUACUCUUCCAAUCAAAGACGAAGCUGAUGAUGACGAUAAUAACCAUGGUGGCAUUAUAACGACGAGGGAGAUCCGUAAGCUAGAAGAGGAGAUAAGUGGGAAAAUAGAUGCAAAGGUUGCUCUGGUGAAAGAGGCUGCAAUAACCUCAGAUCAACACAGGCUCCAAGAGUCGCUGAUAAUACAGUUUGACAACGUGACCGUGGAACUUGAUCAGCUUUGCGCCGAUCUCCGCUCCAAGAGACCGGCGGCUGCACUGAUUCUUCCCGGCGGCAGCGGCAGCUGUAGUAGUCAACUUUCAGCCGGAGUAGUCGAAUCCGAAUAUGCUGCCAAUGACCAUACUACUACUACCCCUGGCCCAGGUUAUUCAAUUUACUCGCACAAUGUGUGCGUGGAACUCGAUCAGCUUUGUGCUGAACUCCGCUCCAAGAGAUCGGCGGCGGCGGCACUGAAUAAUCUCCCCGGCGGCAGCGGCAGUCAACAAUAUUCUGCUGGAGUAGUCAAAUCCGGGGAGGCUGAUGACGAUACUACCCCCGGCCUAGGAUCUCUAGCUAGCAAGAAAAGGAAGCCAAAAGAUGUUGCUGUGAAUCGUGAGGGUGUCAGACGAUCUCCCAGGUUAGCGAAGCCCCCUCUCGCCAAGUGUUGUUUUUGCUGAAGGCGCGCGACACUUCUUGCUGUUGUUUCCUUACUCGUAGCUAGAUCGAUCUCUUCUGUUAACUGUACGCAAAUAUUCGGAUUGGAAUCGUCGUACGUAUGGAGGGCUCGAAAAAAAUGGAGAUGAGAGCAAAGGGAUUACGUUCCUUAAGGAAGGAGCGGGAUGUUCUGCAGCUGGAGAUCGAAAAACUUGAUCUCUAGGUGAUUAUGAUGAACAGGUUUAAUUGUGGGAUCAGAAGAUCAGCUAUUGAGUUAAUUAAUAGGACUAUAAUUGGUACUCUUGAUAAAUGGAAGCUGAAGCACUGGACAUGAACCUUGCUGGUUGUUGGUCCUUCUUUCGAUCGACUAUCGUCGAACUCUGUUCACCCUUUUCGUGGGCUUAUGUUUUGAUUGGUGAACUUCAUUAUUUGAAUGGUCACUUGAGGCAAAAUUAGUAGAAGGAAAUGGGUGAAAACUAGGGUGAGAAGCAACAACAGAAUGGAGCAUGAUUGAGAUUCUCUGGUGCACUUUAAUGUAUUAAUCUUUAAUACCAUCCACCAUGAUUGGUAGAAAAAAGUGGGUGAGUUAGGGGAGAAAUGUGUGUUUUUUGGGUUUUGCGUGGGAAACAUUACAAUAGGUUGGGAGGGAAAAGAUAAAAAGUAGAAAGAGUGUUUUUUUUAAAUCAAUUUACAUACCGUUUGGUAUAAAUGAAUUCCAUAAGUUUUGAAGAAUUCAUUUUGAAAUGAAUUAUUUUUGUGUUUGGUAUUUAAAAGAAUUCAUUUUCAAUUUUAAAUUUGGAAUUCUACGGAAGUGGAACUAGUUAUAGCAAUUCCAAAGAAUUGAGAUGGAAUUUCCAAAUGAAUUCCACAAGUAUUUACUAAAUUACUCUUUUAUUAACUAAAUUACUUAUACAUAUGAUAUACCAAACACAGGAAUUCAUUUGACAAUGAAUUAUACACGUCAAUUCAUUUUCUUUCUAAAGAUUUGAAUAUGACAUACCAAACACAAGAUUUCAUUUGACAAUGAAUUCUACACGGUAAUUCAGUAUACACUGAAAUGAAUUCUCGAUUCAUUUGGUACCAAACAGUCUGUUAGUGUUGAUUUUGUCACUUUAGUUAAAUGAAUUAUGGGAUCAGAACAGAAGGAUCAGUGCAUUUGACAUAACUUGUUGUCGGUCCUUCUUACGGUUUUUCGUCGAACUAUGUUCACCCUUUUCGUGGGGUUUUGUUUUAAUUGGUGAACUUCACUAUUUGAAUGAUCACUUGAGGCAAAUUAGUAGACGGAAAAUGGGUGAAAAACUGAAAACUAGGGCGAGAAGGAACAACAGAAUGGAGCCCGUGAUUGAGAUUCUCUGGUGCACCUUAAUGUCUUAACCUAAUGUUGGGCCAUAGAGUAAGCCCAGACACCCAAGAAGAUAAUGCCCAAAACAAUUGGGCUGGCCAGUUCCCAAUGGCACGUAUCACUUCACUAUGAACGUGAUAAACUUUUGUUGGCCGACAAAAGUUGUGACAGUAGCAACUCCUGCUACCGACCCAAGAGGCCCAAUCAUAAGGCGUUCGGCCGAAUGAAUCCGCCCUGUUUUUGCCUCUGUGUUCACAUUUCGAAUCACCAAAGCUCACAAAUUCCACCCGCGUGCAGAGUAUAUAAAGUCACCAGACUGCAUGCCUUUUGUCCCAUAGAUGAUUUAUAACAGGAAGAUAAGAUUGAGAACUCACUACAAUAGACCAAUUAACAUUAUUUAUUAGCGGUGCGGAUCGAUCCAACGAUACAAGAUCAUGUCUAAAUUUUUUGAAUGAAUUGUUUGUCUGCUUCUUUUUAAAAUCGAAAGAGCUCGAAACAUACUUAAAAUUUUAUAAAAUAAUACGAAAUUCAAAAAAGUUGCGCAGAUGACUUGAGUCGCAUCUCUAAUUAGUGAUCAAGGCAUCACCAAAAGAAACCACGUAAAACAGUUUCUCAUAUCCCUGGGUACGACAACGAUGAAUGAGGAACACUUAUAAAGAACAAAGGCAAAAGUGAACA